UGUGCCAAGAAACGUCCUACGGAUGUGUGCCUCAGCUACACCCACUCCUGCUCCCUGCUCCACAGCAGCUGCUUUACACUCUUUUCAACUCGUUUGUCUUUUCAAAGAUGUCUUUGAGAGAGAAAAGUGACGAGGAGCUCAGCAAGUUGCUCUCUGAGUAUGGCAUCAAACAUGGACCUAUAGUCGACUCUACACGGAAGCUGUAUGAGAAGAAGCUUGAGAAGGCCAUGGAGGACGCUCCGGUGGAAGUACCCUCGCCUGAUAAGACGUUCUACAGAGAGGAGGCGGAGGAAGUAACCUACAUCACAUACCACCACAGCCCGGUCAGACAAGAAGUGUAUUCUGAUGGUGUGAAACGUAGAGGCAACGCUGAGCCAGAUGAAGAGGAGGAACCGGUCCAAUACACAGAGCCCCCUGUCCAGAUCAGUAAGAGAACAGCCAAUCACAGCGCAGCACCAGGAAUCAAGGAGCCUAAGAGGGAGUCGGGCUGCAGCGUGUGGAAGGGGGUCCGGCUGCUGCUGCUGCUAGCCGUGUUAGCAGCAGCCCUCUACUACGCAUAUUGCCGGGUGGUCAACAAUGAAGAGAAUCCUUUUGGGAUUCAAUGAUCGGAUGUUAUCAUUCCAUUCAUUCUCCAAUAGUGUCAGCAGUAGAGAGAGUGACCACAUGCCGUAACGGCUGGAACAUUCUAGUUCUCUUAGUGUCACUAAGUCAGUGAAAUGAACAAAACCAGACAGAGUAUGAUCUGUGUAGGAAGAGCCUGAUAUGCUAUUCCCCCGUGUCAGUGUUUCCCCGACCGUUGUAUUGGGAGGGGGGCUAUCAGACUCCCCUCCCCCUGACCAACAAGAAAUUAUUGAUUUCAAUCAUUUGUCUUUUAUAAUAAAUAUAUAUUUUAUUGAAAUGGUGUCCCUAAAUCAUGUUUAGUUCAAUUACUGCACUUCUGAAUGUAGCGGUGUUAUUUUGGCGGGGAAGGUUUUAUUUGUAGCAUUGAUUGGUCCAACUUGUGAGCAGAUUGCCUGUCAAUCAUACAGGUCAUAUUGUUUGUGCUUUGUUAGGUAUUUGACAAUGCCUAACAAAGAUCUCUGUUGGAUCCAAAUAUCCCACAAUUAAAAUCUUUGAAUAGCUUUUAAUACA